AGGGGGAAUGCCGUUGGGGUGACGCGCAACGGCCUCGCUUUAGCGCACAGGUAGUGCUGCGAGCGAUCGCCAUAUUGAGAGCGGAAGCGGCAGGCGAGCGCGGAGAGAAAGGGAGGGGAGGGUGACGGCUGCUGAUCCGGCACCCGGGAACGGAAACGCACGGGAGGGACCCGAGGCCUAACUACGUCGCACAGGCGUGGAAGAGCGCGGCCGGUGGCACCUUUCCACCCGACUGGAACCGCAGCGCUCAAGCCCCCCCGCCCGCUCCGUCCCGUGCGCCAGGCGGCCGCCCCCGCCCCUGCCCCUGCCCCUGCCCCUUCCCGGGAAGAUGCCGCUCGCCCAGCUGGUGAACCCCUGGCAGAAAUUGGCCGUGGAGAAGGAGAGCGAGUCAACAUCGUUUCCCCUAAGUAAACUUCUGCACAGCCAGAAACCAACUGAGAGCCCAAACAGGGGCACAACACUACGUGACUCCACCACUCGAUGUCAGGCUAGUAUUGCUAUACAACUUAACAGUUCUUCACAGUAUGAGCAGGAUGGGCAGCAAAUGGCAGAUGAGCCCAUGUCAGAGGAUGAAACAAUUCUUCAAACUCAAGAUGAAGAAAAUGAGCAGGAGAUACCAAUUACGUGCCUUGUUAAAGAAGGCUGUGAAAAGGCGGACCCUUCACAGUUUGAGAUACUUAAAGUUCUGGGGCAAGGAUCUUUUGGAAAGGUGUUUCUGGUUAGAAAGACGCAAGGUUGUGAUGCUGGGCAUCUUUAUGCUAUGAAGGUGCUUAAAAAAGCUACAUUAAAAGUAAGAGAUCGUGUUCGGACUAAAAUGGAACGUGACAUCUUGGUUGAAGUGAAUCAUCCAUUUAUUGUCAAGUUACACUAUGCUUUCCAGACUGAAGGGAAGCUCUACCUUCUGUUGGAUUUUCUCAGGGGAGGUGAUUUGUUUACACGGCUGUCCAAGGAGGUCAUGUUCACUGAGGAGGAUGUUAAGUUUUACCUUGCAGAGUUGGCACUUGCUUUAGAUCAUCUUCAUGGUCUGGGAAUUAUCUACAGAGAUCUAAAGCCAGAAAAUAUUUUGCUGGAUGAAGAGGGCCAUAUUAAAUUGACGGAUUUUGGGUUGAGCAAAGAAUCUAUCGAUCAUGAGAAGAAAGCCUAUUCGUUCUGUGGUACCGUGGAGUACAUGGCACCAGAGGUAGUCAACCGUCGGGGUCACACUCAAAGUGCCGACUGGUGGUCUUUUGGUGUUCUCAUGUUUGAAAUGCUUACAGGCACCUUGCCUUUUCAAGGGAAGGACAGAAAAGAAACUAUGACAAUGAUCUUGAAAGCAAAAUUGGGAAUGCCUCAGUUUUUAAGUGCAGACUCCCAAAGUCUGUUGCGAAUGCUUUUCAAACGCAAUCCUGGAAAUCGACUAGGAGCGGGUCCAGAUGGUGUCGAAGAAAUUAAAAGACACAGUUUCUUUUCCACCAUUGAUUGGAAUAAAUUGUGCAGAAGAGAAAUACAGCCACCUUUCAAACCUGCAAUUGGUAGACCAGAAGAUACUUUCUAUUUUGAUCCAGAAUUCACAGCAAAAACACCAAAAGAUUCUCCUGGUAUCCCACCCAGUGCCAAUGCUCAUCAGCUCUUUCGUGGAUUCAGCUUUGUGGCAAAUACCUCAGAGGAAGAACCCCAGCCCAUGCAAACAGCUACACAUCCAGUUAUACAGUUGCACAGAACCAGUAUUCAAUUUGCAGACAAUUAUGACCUGAAAGAGGACAUUGGUGUGGGUUCCUACUCAAUCUGCAAACGAUGUGUGAAUAGAUCCACUAACAUGGAUUAUGCUGUUAAGAUAAUUGACAGAAGCAAGAGAGAUCCUUCUGAAGAGAUUGACAUUCUACUGCGCUAUGGGCAGCAUCCCAAUAUCAUUACCUUGAAAGAUGUGUAUCAUGAUGGCAAAUUUGUGUAUCUAGUCACAGAACUAAUGAAAGGAGGAGAAUUGCUGGAUAAAAUUCUCAGACAAAAGUUUUUCUCAGAACGUGAAGCCAAUGCUGUGUUGUAUACCAUAACAAAGACUCUGGACUAUCUGCAUGCUCAGGGGGUGGUACACAGAGACUUGAAACCGAGUAACAUCUUGUAUGUGGAUGAGUCUGGCAAUCCAGAAUCGAUUCGUAUAUGUGACUUUGGGUUUGCCAAGCAGUUACGUGCUGACAAUGGCCUUCUCAUGACUCCAUGUUAUACAGCUAAUUUUGUUGCUCCUGAAGUCUUAAAGCGGCAAGGGUAUGAUGCAGCUUGUGAUAUAUGGAGUCUUGGUGUUCUUCUCUACACUAUGCUCACAGGUUACACCCCUUUUGCAAAUGGGCCUGAUGACACACCAGAAGAAAUAUUGGCAAGAAUAGGCAGUGGGAAAUUCAGUCUGACUGGAGGUUACUGGGACACUGUUUCUGAUGUUGCUAAGGAUCUUGUAUCAAAGAUGCUUCAUGUGGAUCCACAGCGAAGGUUGACCACAACCCAGAUUCUCCGGCACCCGUGGAUUAUUCAUCGAGAUCGACUCCCACAGUUUCACUUAAACCGACAGGACGCACCUCAUCUAGUAAAGGGGGCCAUGGCUGCCACUUACUCUGCAUUGAACCGCACACCGUUGCAGCCCGUUCUAGAACCUGUUGGCUGCUCAAACCUGGCUCAGCGAAGGGGUGUAAAGAAACUUACCUCAACUGCUCUUUGAAGUGACCUCUGCUGAAAACUGGACUGCAGCAGCCUUGGAUGUAUAUCACAGAACAGUGUCAAGAAGAACUAUCCCAGUUGCCUUUAUAUGCUGCUUUUUGCCUUCUGUUAGUCCUGCUUUGAACAAUUGGAUACCAGGAUUUUGGGAAUUUUGGAUGGAAUGUGAAGUGGAAUCAUAAUUAGGAUCAAAAAUUAUUUGGGUAAAUGCAUAGAAACUUGGCAUUGCAAUGAACACUGUAUUACUUGUAAAUUAGUAAUAGGAGAAGCACUCUGAAUCGUACUGAAUUUUUAUUGGGAAUGUACAAAUCCACCUGGGAUGUUUUUGUUAUUAAUUUUUUAAGAAGUUGAGCACUUGAGUAAUUGUAUAUCCUAUACGUGUUAAAGCCUUGUGCCAUGUUUGAAUGUCAUGACCUGGAUGGAGGCAGUGACCCUUAACUGCAUUUUCUCUCGAAUAGUCCUCCCAAUAGUUUUCUGAAUCAUCGGUUAAUUUUCACACUAAUACGAUCACUAUACCAUGGUUGAAAUUUCCUUGGGGUACUGUUAAGUAGCUGAGGGACAAUACCUCUUCUUACCUGCAUCUUGAGUUGAUUUUUAACUACUGUACCCAAUAUGUUACUGUAAUCCAUAGAUCAUCCAGAAGGCAAACUAUCAACUUGAGCACGUAUUAUGAAAACUCUUACUUUUGUGUGAAAGUAUGUUUUAUAAAGUAAUUUUUCAUUAUAUAUAGCUUAGCGUGAAACGGUGAAGGGGAUGGUCAUUUUUUUUUUUUGCUGCUUACUGUGCUGUUGAACAAAAUAGACUGAAUUUCUCAAAUGGGUUCACCUGGGCACUUGAGUUGCAGUGAGGGAAAAUAGAAAUGAAGAUCUUUUGCUGUGUAUCCAUUAUACCUUCAUCUCCUCCAUUCUUUAUGUAAUAUUUUCAAGAUAUUGUAGCCUUAAUCGAUUCCUUAUAAUUGAUGGGAUAGGAUUGCAAUAGAUUCAAAUGCAUAUUAAGUGUUGUCAUCCAGCUAUCAAAGCUUGAAGGGAAGUUGUAAAGAUGAUGGGUGAAGUUAUUUUGAAUUUUCAAAUCUACUUGGUGAGUUUUUAAAAAUGCAACAGUAUCACAGAUGUAAUAUUUUUCUACACCUCUAUACAAAUCAAGCUUUAUACUGGACUCUACAGCGUAGCAAAGCACUGAAGUGGACAUAUGAGGAUUUUUUAUACUGUCUUUACCAAAGCGUGAAUUUGGUAGCUGAAGUCAGAUUCAGCUGAUAUUGCUACCAUUUUAACUGGAUUGACCAGAAUAGUCAAUGCUGAAAAAGAUUGACUUAAUUGUGCCUAAUUUUGGUACAGCAUCAGAAUGUUUUCAUUUGAGUUUAAUGUUACCUAAGCUGAUUUGAGGGUAACUGAAGUGGAAACAGUUUUUUUUAACAUUACUUGUGUCACUCCUUAUGGACUGACAAUUUUUUGUAAUCAUGCAGAAAAACAAAUUUAUACAGAAUAAAUCUUCAAACAUUAAAAUUAUGCUGUAAUUUACUUCUGACCUUUAAGUUUUGCUUUUGAAUGACUUAAUGUGUUAAUUAGUGGGUUAUUUCAUUACUUGAAAAAUGGAUCCAGCUUGGAAUUUGACACUUCCAUUUUUUAUCGCAGAAAGGCAAUUGAGAACCUACGUAUCUUUUGGAAAAGCUACCCAGUGAAGCUUCCUUAUCUCACAUUCCCAUAGCAAUAACAUUUGUUUUCCUUUUCCCAAAUGUAUUCAGUUAUCAUUUAGGCAGUGCAUUCCAGGUGAUUAUUACUGCUAAAUUGAAUUCUGUUCAUCUUUCCUCAGUUCUUUUGCCGGAUACCACUAAUGUCCCCUGACUCUACUUCCAGGGUAAUCAGAAUCUCUGUAUUUUAGCAAUUAACUAAUAAACAAUUUCUUUCAUUUCCUCAGAGGCUCUUUGUUCUCCCCCUCUAUUAGUUUAACUAAUAAAUGUUAUAUUUUUUUCUUGCUUGCUGUUCCUUCAUCUGAAUUAGGGACAUCCCUCUCUGGCCUGAACCUAUCAUUUCUUAAGCUAUCUUCAGGUGUUUGUAUGAAAAAGUAGAUUUUUUGCCUCAGCAACUGUUACUGCAAGUCUGACCAAGAUUGAAUCAGAAACUUUGAGCGAUAAUCCAGACUGAAAAGCCUACAGUACUGAGAGAGUUACAGCAAUCUUAGAGUUAUGGCUCAGAUCUGUGUUUACCAUUGA